AUGUCCACGUCAGCGUCCGCCUCUAAAUCCCGCCGGGAAUUCCGCUUCUGCAUCGACCGCGGCGGCACAUUCACCGACAUUUACGCCGAGGUUCCCGGCGACCCGCCGUUCCGCGUCGUUAAACUGCUUUCCGAGGACCCUCUUAACUACGAUGACGCGCCGCGGGAAGGAAUUCGCCGGAUCCUGGAAGAAGUCACGGGCGAAAAGAUUCCGCGAAACGCGCCGCUUCCUACAGAGCGAAUCGACUGGAUCCGCAUGGGGACGACCGUGGCGACGAACGCGCUGCUGGAGCGCGCCGGCGAGCGGACGGCUCUCUGCGUGACACGUGGCUUUCCGGAUCUGCUGCGUAUCGGCAACCAGGCGCGGCCGCGCAUCUUCGAUCUGACGGCUCGGCGCGCGUCGCUGCUGUACGAGGAGGUGGUUGAGGUGGAGGAGCGCGCGCAGGUGCUGCCGGGGGAAGAGGCGCAGGGGGAGGGCCGGGGGAAGGGGAGCGGCGGGGGGAAGGGGGAAGCCGGGGGGGAGGGGGAAGCCGGGGGAAAUGGGGAUGAGGGUUCAGCGGAGGGAGGGGAGGAAGCGGGGAAGCGCACGGUGCGCGGAGUUUCGGGGGAGCUAGUGCGCGUGCUAGUGCCGCUUAACAUUGAGAAGACUCGAGCCGCGCUGGAGAAGGUGUUGGCACGUGGCAUCAAGUCAUUGGCCAUCGCGUUCCUCCACUCUUACACGUUCCCGGACCACGAACGCGCUGUGGCGGCUUUAGCGCGGGAGAUGGGCUUUAAUCAGGUCUCUGCGUCGAGCGAUCUCGUUCCAAUGGUCAGGAUUGUGCCACGUGGACACACUGCUUGCGUGGACGCUUAUCUGACCCCUGCAAUUCGCACCUACGUGGGAAAAUUCCUAGCAGGGUUUGACUCGGGCCUUGCUGACGUGGCAGUGUCGUUUAUGCGGUCAGACGGAGGGUUGACUCCCGCCCAAGCUUUCACGGGUUACCAAGCCAUCCUGUCAGGUCCGGCAGGAGGCGUGGUUGGGUUUGCCCGAACCACAUUCGAGUUCGAGGCUCGGGAAAUGGAAGGUCUGGAAGGGCUCCUUUCUGACGUCAGCAGCCGCAAAGAAAACAAAAACAAUGAAAACAACAAGACAAGCGACAAUCCUGUUGGUGCUUGUACAGCAGCAGAGGAAGCGGUGAAGUGUCGUCCUGUGAUUGGCUUUGACAUGGGUGGCACAUCUACUGACGUGUCAAGAUACGCAGGGGGCGCAUAUGAGCAGGUUCUAGAAACCACCACCGCCGGAAUCACCAUCCAAGCCCCCCAGCUCGACAUUAACACGGUAGCAGCGGGCGGCGGCUCUCGUCUUUUCUUCGAGUCGGGCAUGUUAUGUGUGGGGCCCGCAUCAGUGGGGGCCCACCCCGGCCCCGUCUGCUACAGAAAGGGCGGGCAGCUGGCGGUGACAGAUGCCAACCUGCUAUUGGGCCGCGUGCUGCCCAAAUAUUUUCCCGCCAUUUUCGGGCCGAACGAGGACCUCCCAUUGGACGAGCAGGCGGCGAGGGAGGCAAUGGUUGAGCUGGCAAAAGAAGUGAAUCGAGGGAUGGGUGGGGAGGGAGGUGAGGGGGACAAGGAGGGGGAGGGGGGAGAGGAGUCAGGGCAAGACGGAAUGUCAGUAGAAGAGGUGGCGAUGGGGUUUAUCCGCGUGGCAAACGAGGCAAUGUGCCGGCCAAUCAGAGAGCUCACAGAGGCUCGGGGUCACGAGACCAGCUCGCACGUGCUCGCUUGCUUCGGCGGUGCCGGGCCUCAACACGCGUGCGCUAUAGCCCGCUCCCUUGGGAUCUCCACAGUCUUUGUGCAUCGGCUGUGCGGGAUUCUGAGUGCGUACGGCAUGGGGUUGGCGGAUCGGGUGGUGGAGAUGCAAGAGCCGGCUGCUGAGGUGUGCUCCAAUGAGAGCCUGCCACGUGUGCUGGCGCGGGCGGCACGGAUGGAGGAGCAAGUGCGGGCGGGAUUGUGCGGCCGGGGGAGUGGGGAGGGGGGCGGGAGUGAGGGAGAAGGAGAGGGAGGAAGAGGAAAAGGGGGAGAAGGAGGGGGAGGAAAAGGAGAAGGGGAAGAAGGGGAGAGUGGAGAGGGAGGGGAGGGGAGGAGAGAAGGCGGGGAGCAGGCAGGGGUGUGGACACAGGUGCUUCUGAACCUGCGAUACGACGGCACUGACACGGCUCUCAUGGUCGAAGCACCACCCACGCACACCCUCUCCUCUACCACUCCUCCAUCCACCUCUUCCCCAUCCACCAACCUCCACACUUCCCACCCAGCAGCGUCGUUUGACUUCUUGGGUGCGUUCAAGCGGCGCUUUGAGCGCGAGUUUGGGUUCGACCUGCAGGGCGAUCGGCGCGUGUUGAUCGACGACAUCCGAGUGAAGGGCGUGGCUCCGUCUGGUGUGCUGCAGCAGACGGCCAUUCCCAGGGCUGGCGGAAGUGAAGAGGCGGCAGGCGGCUUGGUGGCAGCAGGGACGGCGGAGGCGGAGGCAGUGCAGCACCGGGUGUACUUUGAAGGCGGGUGGCGGGAGACGGCAGUAUUCCGGCUGGAGAAGCUGCGGUGGGGGCAUGUGGUGGCGGGGCCAGCGGUGAUUCUGAAUGGCACGAGCACUGUGGUGGUUGAGCCGGGGUGCACUGCUGGGAUCACCAAGUAUGGGAAUAUCGUUAUUGCUGUGGGGCACACGGCACAUCAAAGUGAUGUGGAGGGAGGAACAGUGUUGAAAGAUGGACAUUCAGCAGCAGCAAAAGCAGCAUCAGCACAAGCGUCACCAGCCUCCCCUUCCUCUCCCCCAGUCCCCUGGGACGUGGUGCGUCUGUCCAUAUUCGGCAAUCGCUUCAUGGGCAUAGCAGAGCAGAUGGGGCGAACCCUGCAGCGCACCGCCAUCUCCACCAACAUCAAGGAGCGCCUCGACUUCUCCUGCGCCCUCUUCUCCCCGGAUGGCGGCCUAGUGGCAAACGCUCCCCACGUGCCAGUGCAUCUGGGGGCCAUGUCCGAUACUGUGCGGUGGCAGCUGGAUUAUUGGGGGAGAGGGGAGGGGGUGGCGGAGGGCGGGUUGAAGGAAGGGGAUGUGCUUGUAACGAAUCAUCCCUGCGCUGGGGGGAGCCAUCUGCCGGAUAUCACUGUAGUCACGCCGGUGUUUCGCGAGGGUAGAAUUAUAUUCUUUGUCGCGAGCCGAGGGCAUCAUUCGGAGAUCGGGGGAAGUACCCCUGGGAGCAUGCCGCCGUUUUCGCGGAGCAUUUGGGAGGAGGGAGCGGCGAUUCGGACAAUGAAACUGGUGAAGGGAGGGGUUUUCCAGGAAGGGGCGAUUCGAGCGGUGCUGCUGGAGGGGCAGGUGUUGGAAGGGGUGAUGGCAGGUGGAGCGGGUUCGAGUGGGGACGGACAGGGCGGUGGGAAAACAGUGCGGCGUGUGCCGGGCACACGCCGCAUCGAGGAUAACCUAUCAGACCUGCGCGCACAGGUGGCGGCAAAUCAGCGGGGCAUUGAGCUUAUAGGGGAGCUCGUGGAGGAGUGUGGGCUGGAAACGGUGCUGGCUUAUAUGGGGUACGUGCAGGUGAAUGCGGAGCAGGUGGUGCGCCGCAUGCUCACACGCACUGCCUUGAAACACCUGGAGAGCCAGAAGCACGCGUCUCAGGAACAGAAGCAAGCUUCUGAGGAAACUUCCCAGGAGCACCAGGGAGCAACUGAGAAGGCCUUACCAACUGAUGGUGAUGGUGAGCGUGAUGCAAAUGAGCAGCGAGUAGUGGUGCUGCAGGGAGAGGACCGCAUGGACGACGGCUCCUUGAUCCGACUCCGCAUCUCCAUCCACCCGGCCUCUGGCUCAGCCCACUUCGACUUCACAGGCACCAGUCCCGAGGUGUACGGUAACUGGAACGCCCCUACAGCCGUCACCACCGCUGCUAUCAUCUACUGCUUGCGCUGCUUGGUAGACUCGGAUAUUCCCCUCAACCAGGGGUGCCUGGCGCCUGUAAGGAUUACCCUCCCGCUGCACUCGCUGCUCUCGCCUAGCGACACCGCUGCUGUUGUGGGCGGCAAUGUGCUGACGUCGCAGCGGGUGACGGAUAUUAUUCUGUCCACGUUUGAUGCGGCAGCGAACUCGCAGGGGUGUAUGAACAACCUCACGUUUGGCGACGGCACUUUUGGGUACUAUGAGACGAUUGCGGGCGGGGUGGGGGCGGGGCCGACAUGGCAGGGAGAAGACGGGGUGCAGAGCCAUAUGACCAACACCAGAAUCACCGACCCUGAGGUGCUAGAGCGGCGCUACCCGGUGCUUCUGAGAAGGUUCCGGCUGCGACAGGGGAGCGGUGGGAGUGGGGAGAGGCGGGGCGGGCAUGGGGUGGAGCGGGAGUUGGAGUUCCUGCGACCUGCGACUGUCAGUAUGCUGUCUGAGAGACGAGUUUUGGCGCCGAAUGGGGGAGCGGGGGGCGGGUGUGGUGCGCGGGGGUUGAAUCUGCUGCGGAUUGCGCGGGAUGGGAGGGUGGUGAAUUUGGGGGCGAAGGCGAGUGUGGGGGUGGAGAGGGGGGAUACGCUGCUGGAAUCGCCGAGGCUCCAUCUCGCGGGCAGAGUGGCCAAGUUCGAAGGCGAGCUCAACUAUUUCCUGCCAGAGCGAUUCAGGUCCCACCCCGAGCGAGUCAACCUCGUGACUCGUCCCCUGGGCUUCCCUCUCUCAACGGCUCGCCUGGCCAACGUUUUCCUCCACUUCUUCGACAACGUCCCCUCGGACAACUCCGAGACCAGUUCUAGCGGCGAUCAUCAUAUAGGAAGCGUGUCACGCACGUCCGUUGACAGUGCUUCAAUAGAGAGUGACUCAGACGAGAGUGCCUCAGAGGGGAGUGACUCACAGGGGAGUGUCCCAGGCGAUAGUGGCUCAGGCGAGAAUCAGAAGGAGGUGGCGUUUGAUGAGACAUGCUCGCACAAGCAGGACAUGGGGCGGCACGGGGCGUACGCGCUGCAGAUGAUGCGGCUGGAGGACGUGUUAGUGAGUGACGGCGGGUAUACUCUCAACCGCACGCACCUGUUCGUCAGUAACGGAUGCCCGCGCUUCCCAGGAACGGCCACGUACGAUGCGGGCCACAUGGUGCACGAGCUGCCAGCAGUGUUCAACUGGGCGCACCAAUCCGGCAGCAACUUCUACCACUUCCUCAUUGAAGUCUUUCCGCUCUUCCUCAUCGCCGCGCCCCUCAUGCCGUCCCCCUUGCGGGACCUGCCUGUGCUCGUCAGAAGCGGCCAGGUGCGAAUGUACAAGCAACUGGGAGCACCACUCAUAGGCAUCCCACCCGAUCAGAUGCGCCUACUUCCCACGUUCGGCAACGACCUGUUUCAUGCGGAUGUGGUGUACCAGCCCAUCUACCAGAACUGCCACCACCCCAGCCGGUCCAUCUGGCAGUCGCUGCGGCGCCGCCAUCUGCUGCACCCCUCCGGCAUCCCUCUCUUCAACCUCGACUGGACGCUUGGCAACCACCGCCCUCUCUCCGCCCACGAGGCUCGCUCCUUCCCCUCCGACUGGGUGGUCGUGCUGGUGAAGCGGCCCAAGGGCCGACGAGCGUUGGAGAAUUUUGAAGAGGUGGAGGAGGAGGUUGUGAGGCGGUUUGGGCGCGAUAGAGUGGUGCUGUUUGAUGGGUCACUGCCGAUUCUGCAAGCUCGUGCGCUCCUCAUGCGAGCACGCCUCUACACAGCGGGCCACGGAGCCGCACUCACCAACAUGAUCUUCAUGCCGGAAAAGGCUUCCCUGCUGGAAAUUCGCCCCCAGGGAUGCCCCGUGCCUGUCUAUAACGGUCUCGCCUCCGCUUGCUCACUGCAGUACCAUCUCGUUUUCACUAAUGAUGGUAUUAGAGUAGGUAACUAUUCCUACCUCCCACGCUUCCCCUCCCUCCCUUAG